CUCACUUUCAUUUUUCGUUGAAUGUUGAGGUUAGACAGAUGCAGUUCCUUGUCAGUGCUACAAAGGACGCGGUGUUCUGUGGUCUGUUCGCGGGCGUAACAAUCGCCCCGAAAAAAAUGCGGUCAAUCUCGUUGCAAACUUUCUGCCUUGGCGCCUCUCUGACCGCCCUUGCAGAGGACGCGACUAUGUCGAACGUGCUCAACGCCGAAUUCGAAUUUGCAGAUGAAGGGGAAGGAAAUAAGGAAUCCGUUGAGGAGCGGGGGUUCAGCCCGGUGCUCCCCCCCCCCCCAUGCGUUCCAGAACACCAAGGUGAACGACGCGGCGGUGUGCGAAGCAAUGAAGACGCCGCUGCUCGGAAUUUUCAACAAGAUGAUCGAGCCAGACCUGUCUUCUUCCGAAGAGCUCGACGCCAUGGACUGCGCCCUGAGUGCGCAGCGUAUCAAGCGCGCCGGUGGGGACACGAACAGUACAAUAUUUUUCUCUAGGUCUUGCUGUAGGAAUUUCGGCCAGUGGAUAAGUCAUAUUGAUUGCACAAAGAGGAACAAGUAAUACACAGCUGAAUCCGACUCGGAUCAUGACAUAUUGUAAAACGCUCCUUAUCAGAUGAUGGCAACCUGAGCCGGGCCGAGAAGGAAAUUUUCUGUGGGAGCGUAGCGCUGUCAGGAGGUGAGCGCAUCAGUGGCGGGGUCACGGGAUCGUUUCUCGAGUUCACCUGGCAGGACCUCUGGAACAACUGCAGACGCAGCACGGGAUGCUGCGAUGCCCACGAGGAGACGUUUGGAACCACCGUCCAAAGAACAUACUGGGGAACAAUCGGGUACGGGAUGCCACAGGGCGAAUACCACAGGUCGGUUGUUUCGUACGGCACCGUCGUUUUCAAGACGGGUUUCGGCGACGUCUUCACAGUGGAGUUCACGAACGACGUCGGUCGUCCGGGAGAUAUCCUCGUGAACAAACAGGACAUCGUGUCGCAUGCCCUGAGCCUCAAGACAGCAGCGAGAAUGGAUCGAGCAAGAGGACAUGGUCUCUGGGCAGACAAGCUCACGAUGUGGGCCUUCGCUGAGCUGCGCGGAAAACUACAACUGGUGGCGAGUUUGGGGGUAACAAGACCCUGGAUGGUGUUGUACGGUGUGGACUUUAACAAGGUGGAAAGCAACAUUUCGAAAGCGGACAACCUCGUUAACGAAAUGAAUCUGUCUAUUGCGCACUUUCCAGACUGGGUCAAAAACGAAGUGAAUAAUUUUGAUACCAAUCCGCAUCCAAGUUCCAACUGAUUCUUUGACGAAGAUGCUCGUAAGCAGUUUUCUUUUUCCUGAAUAGAAGUAGAACAAAGAUUGUCUAGAUAGAAACCUCUGGAGGGAAAUAGUUCGCGGUGCACAAUAUGGAACAGCAAAAUCAACUACCAGUAGUGCAGUGUCAGCAUCAUCAUCAUCAUCAUCUUCUUCAUCCAACAUUGAACAGCUUCCCAUACAGGCGAUAAUGAGACUAAGAGGUCGUAGAAGGGAAUUCUAAGGCGAAAACGCCGAGCAGAAUAAAUUCAUCAGAAGUAGAACAAAGAGUAAAGCAAACGUAGCGCAAUGUAGAUCAGCAGCAUUUCUGUGAUUCUAUCUUUCCUUGAUAGUCUUCGUUAUUUUUGUUGUUGUUCGACCGACUGGGUCACGACAAUGAACAACACAAAGAAACGCGGGCGAUGUGGCCACUUUCCAUCUUUGAACUCAAGUAGAAUCAGACGUUUUGAUGUGCGUCGACCGUCGGUGACGACACGCAGCCUCAAACUCACUUUGAUUUUUCGUUGAGUGUUGAGGUCAGACAGAUGCAGUUCCUUGCCAGUGCAACAAAGGACGCGGCGUCUGCUUUGUGCUUAAAAAGAC